AUGCUCCUCCAUCCUGCCUACAGGAUACUCGCUGCGGUUCUUCCGUUAGUCGCCCUAUCUUCGGCAAGCGGUUCAAAUGAUACUUCGAAUGCUGCUCUCUGGAACAUCAUACCAGACUGCGCCAAGACAUGCGUGGAGAAUUUUAUCCAGGGCCAAUACACGUCGAAUGAAUGCUCGUCUGCAGAGGAUAUCAAGUGCCUGUGCCGAACCAAAACAGCUAUUGGGCUUACGUUGGGAGAGGCUGCUCUGAGCUGUCUGUAUGCUCUGUGUUCAGAGAAGGAUAUUUCCAGCAAGGGGAAUAGUGUAUACCAUGUCUGCGAUUCGGUGUCUGGUGCUAUACGUGAAACGCACGCUACAAUUACGGCGACGACGUUCGACCCGCCUAGCUCGACAACCACGAGCGCCGAUGUAACAACAAGUGUUAGUACAACAUCGGGCAAUACCUCGCAGACUAGAGUUGGCUCCUCUACGUCUAGUUUACCGACAUCUACGACAUCUGUCACAACUUCAAGUGAUUCGGGUAUUGUCUUUCAAACGACAUCAUCAGCCUCCGGGGUAGUCUCAGCCACGACCAGCGCUGAAAGCAUCUCAACGACUCCGAGUGAUACUGCUACUUCGUCUCCAUCCAAUGAUGGAAGUUCAAAUCAUGUUAGUUCUGGCACCGUCAUUGGUGUCUCCGUUGCAUCAGGAGUAGCCGGUUCUUUCAUCAUUGGCGUGGCCGUCUUCUUCUGCUGCAAGCGAUGGAAGCAAAGGAACCGCACAAUCAGGUCUAAUUCAGAUCAUGACUUUUUCGAAAUUGGAGGUGCAAUGUCUCAGCCUCCAGGGUUUUCACGACCAUCCUCGCGUCAUUCCUCACCCUCCCCAGAGCCAAACCCCACGGGACCAUCUUCAUUCGGCCACACAGUAGGCCAUCAAGAAGUUUCAGAGCUGCCCUGUACUCGCACGCCAACAGCGCAGAAUCUACCCGCCACCGCUACGGUGAUGUUGGUUCCGAACACGGAGAAGCCGAGAGAGAAGGAGCCCAUUGGAGUGGCUGUCAGCUCUGGGGACGAAUGGGAGUCUUCUCCGCGGACAUUGUCUUCGCAACAUACACUCGCCGAACCAAUCGCCCCCCAAACGACAGGGUUAUAUCCCAAACCACUCAAAUGGAGUCAUCGUCCCGUCAGUGGGGAAACGCUCUUUGAAGAAGAUGAAUUCCAACAGUCCCGACAAAGUGGCUCGCAAACAUCCGAAUCUCAACACGUAAUGACAGGGCUGCCGGCCAACCCUCGUGCUCUCAAAAAUGGCUUCCCAGCUCAAAAAUACCUUCGCCCUCCGCCACAGCGGUUAUACCCAGGCCAAACAUCGUCAACAUCCUCAGCACAAGCGGUUCCCAGUGAAAGAGCACUCGUUCCAGCUUUCUCUACUACCGCCCCCCGUGGCUCGCCGCCGUCCAACCCCAGCAGCACUCCCCAUAAUAGUUCCGGCUCCUCCCACCGCAACUCCGCAAAUACCCUCCUUACCCCCUUCAGUACAGGACAAGGCCGCAUUUUAAGCGGGAUGUCCACUAGCAGACCCAAUCCAGCUCAGACACCAAGUCCGCGUCAACUUACGACUAUGGCUGGCAGGCCAUGUCCAGGCCCAGCAACACCAGUCCCGCCCUCCAACGGCCUGGGCCUCACUCCAACCACAGAAAUUGUAUCACGACCACGUAUCGUCCGUCGAGAUGAUAUCAAACGCGUGCAAAUCCGCAGCAGCCCACGGCCACCCAGCGAGGUCGUCGUCCCAUAUUGUCCGGAGGACUUCUGGAUCGAGAGGGGCCGCAGCAGAGCCCCAUCAUCUACUGCUUCCACCGGUCUCCCGUAUCCAUCAGAAGCGUUUCCAGGCGCUGUGUUGUAUCCACGAAGUCCUCAGAGGAGGCCACAGGAUGUUAAUGAGCAGAGGUUGUCAGCGACUGGGCGGAGCUUAACGCCUUCCAGGAGGGGGCAGGAUUUGAUUCUGAGGGUGGAUUAG